AUAGUUUGGGGUUUUUUUUGCCUCUGAGUUGCUUGUCAGUUUUGCCAUGAAAUUCAUACGUAGUUCGCUGAGGUGGCUGUGGUACCACAGAAACUACAUCAUCAUCUUCGUCACUCCACUGGUCCUCCUUCCCCUGCCAAUCAUAAGCCCUACAUCGCAAGCGAAAUGUGGUUAUGCCAUCAUCCUCAUGGCUCUGUACUGGUGUACGGAGUGCAUGCCUCUGGCUGUGACGGCACUACUGCCAGUUGUCCUGUUUCCUAUGAUGGGCAUCAUGACGGCCGGAGCGGUCAGCAUUGAAUAUCUGAAAGACUCCAACAUGCUGUUCAUGGGCGGCCUGCUGGUCGCCAUCGCAGUGGAGCAGUGGAACCUCCACAAGCGCAUCGCUCUCCGAGUUUUGCUGCUGGUUGGUGUUCGUCCGUCCUUGUUAAUGAUGGGCUUCAUGAUCGUCUCGUCCUUCCUCUCCAUGUGGAUCAGCAACACGGCCACCACAGCCAUGAUGCUGCCCAUUGCCCAAGCCGUGCUGCAGCAGCUCAAAGACACCGAGUCGCAGGCGGAUGAACGAGAUUUCCAGGCCGCAGACAACCAUGCAUUUGAGAUGGAGCUCGCAGAAACUAAGGGGGAGAUGGCCAAAGAGAAACAGCCCAACACUGAGCAUGAACAUGAGAUGAGUCAAGCUGCACUGCGGGAGUCCAGGAAAAGAGAAAUAGAUGAGAAGUACGAGCUCCUGACCAAAGGGAUGAGUCUGAGCGUGUGUUACUCCGCCAGCAUCGGGGGCACGGCCACGCUCACUGGCACGACUCCUAACCUCAUCCUCAAGGGUCAAAUCGACGAGCUCUUCCCUAACAACGGUGACGUGAUCAACUUUGCCAGCUGGUUCGGCUUUGCUUUUCCCAACAUGGUGCUCAUGCUGGUGUUCUCCUGGUUGUGGCUUCAGUUUCUCUUCCUGGGCUUCAACCUGAAGAAGUCUUUCGGCUGUGGCGUGAAGAGCGACAGGGAUAAGGAGGCGUGCGCGGUGAUGAGGGAGGAGUACAACAAGCUGGGGCCCAUGAAGUUUGCUGAGGGGGCGGUGCUCAGCAUCUUCGUCCUGCUGGUGGCCCUGUGGUUCACCAGGGAGCCAGGCUUCAUAGACGGCUGGGCCACUGUGCUCUUCAACAAGGAGAAGGCCUUUGUGUCCGAUGGAACCGUCGCUAUCUUAGUCUCCAUGCUCUUCUUCGCCAUCCCCUCCCAGCUGCCCAGGUUUGGUGGCUAUGGUUACGACGACGAAGGUAAGGCGGUGAAGGCUCCCUCCACUCUGCUGAACUGGCAGGUGGUGCACGAGCGGAUGCCCUGGAACAUCAUCCUGCUGCUGGGAGGAGGCUUCGCUCUGGCUGCUGGCAGUGAGGAGUCAGGUCUGUCCAAGUGGUUGGGAGAGAGCCUCGCACCUCUGGAGAAGAUCCCCCCCUUCGCCAUCUCGCUGCUGCUCUCCCUGCUGGUGGCGACAUUCACCGAGUGCUCCAGCAACACGGCCACCACCACGCUGUUCCUGCCCAUACUGGCCUCAAUGGCCACAGCUAUCAAGAUACACCCACUGUAUGUGAUGCUGCCCUGCACCAUUGCUGCCUCUCUGGCCUUCAUGCUGCCUGUGGCUACACCGCCCAACGCCAUCGCCUUCUCCUUCGGAAAGCUCAGAGUCAUCGACAUGGUGAAAGCCGGCUUCAUGCUGAACCUCAUUGGGAUUUUGACCAUUAACUUAGGCAUCAAUACCUGGGGAUACGCCAUGUUUGACAUGGGCACCAUGCCUCAUUGGGUCAACAUUACAAGUGAACCCUGAGUGAGGAAGGACAGAGAGAGAGAGAGAGAGAUGGAGAGAGAAUGACACAGAAUUGGUUUUAUCUAUCUUUUGAAGAAGCUAAACUGUUCUAACUUAAAAUAGUGCAUUAUUGUAGGAUCCCUUUGCUCAUUAAAAGAAGCCGAUGAGAAAAAAUGUUUUCAGGGCCUUUUAAAGGAGAGAAGAGCUGUAGCAGGAGCUCUGAUCGUUUUAGAAGUAAAGGAGGAAAAGAAAGGUUGGCCACAGUCAACGUGGUGAGGAAAACAAAGUUUAAAGAUGAACCUGAUCCAGAAUAAAACACCAUUUAGUCUCAGUUGCACUGUACAAAUCCCAACACUCUGAAUCAGUCAUUGUGAUUACUGUUUUACCGUAAAAACCAGAACCAAACAAACAAGCAGCACUGAGAUAAACUUGAAUCAGUUUAGUAGCUUCUUUAUCAAACCCACUCUGCCGUCAGUGUCCGGUACUUCCUCGUGUCAUUCCAGUGACUGAACAGAAGAGAAAUGAUGCGUGUUCUUUUUUUCUUGCUUUAAAAAAGACUGAGGUCAUUUCCUUGUACUGUUUUCCCUGAAUGUGAUGUCAUCUCAUUAAUCUAUUUAUCAUUUACCAAUUAUGCAGCUCACAGUUUGUUUGAGUGAUUGUUUAAAACAAUGUGAUUAUUCCGAGUGAUGUGUUUACAGACACCAUGUAAAUGAGGUGAAAUUGAAUUAAUUGUAUCAGUUAAUUUAACUUAUUACUGUGGUCCUUUUGUUGGACCUUGAGUCUUUGGUUUUUUUUAUCAAUGUUUUCAUCCCACUGUUGUACAUGUGUAAAUUGUCAAAGCCAGUGUCAAAGUGCCUUUAGGGGAUUAUUUGUUAACCUAGAAGGGAUUUCUGGCAAUAUGCUCCUUGAAUGAAUAAAUGUAAAUUAAAGGAAUAGUUCAGAAUUUUAUUUAUUUUCUUGUCAAGUGUUAGAUCAGAAGAUUGAUACCACUCUAACCCCACAGCAUAUUCAUUUAUCUCAGAAUAAAGCCAGGAAACAGCUAGUUUCCAAAGGUAAUAAAAUCUGUCCAACAGCACCUCUAAAGUUUACUGAUUAACAUGUUGUAUCUUGUUUGUUUAAUACAAAAACUAUUACAUGCCAGUUUAUUUCUUGGCCGGGCUCAAUGACUUUCUGGAAACUACUCCCCUUGAAACACAACUUGUCAUUUUGUCACUUAAGUUUCUGUAGGGAUUAAAUAAACAAGAUGUUAAUGUUUUUUUUGGGGGGGGUUAGUUUUUUCUGUUUUUCUCAUCUAACUCUUGGCAAGAAAAUAACGUAUAGCAAUUCCAAAGAUGUCAAACUCUUCCUUUAACAAACCCACUCCAGUAAUUAUUGGGACAUGUUCACAAAUUUGAGGUGACACUGAAAAAUGCUGUUAAGCAUUGAGGAAGGUGAAACACAGAAAGCGCACAAAUCAAUAGCAGGAAGGUGUUACCAAUACAGCGUACAGUGAGCACAGAUGUAAAGGUUGGUUCAAGGAUAAGACUGAGAUAAGAGGCUGCCAAUAAGAUACAAUCUGAGUGGAGGUCAAUUUCUAUCAUGUUUAUUACAGCUAAAUGUAAUAAACUGCAGAAACAGAGACAGAACGUCCCGGCAGAGUAAUGUGUGUUUUUUCACAUUUUAUAUGUACCAGAGCUGUUUCUACUCUGAAAA